CCUCAAGUAAACGACUGUCCGACAGGUCAGAAACCGUCUGAGGAUAACUCCUUCCAGAGCCUGUCAGCAGGCUUAUGGCGGACGCUCGGCACUUUUUGCCCCUCCUGUUGUUAUUCGGUUCCUGCACAUGACAGAAUGGAGCUGCUUUUCCAGAGAUGCCAUAAAGAGAUUUUCCUCAACUCUGUCUUCCGAUCUGUCCUCCUCAUAUCCUGUUUGUUUGUGGUUCUGUCCGUCUCCUUGUAUCCCGGGUUGUGGUCCAUCGGGGUCCAGGUCCGCUCAGUCUUCACAGGGAGCUACAUACCAGGCCACCACUCUGUGCUCCUCAUCAACAGCCCCAAUGAGCAGGCGGCCAAGGACAUCAGCAGGGCGAUCAUGGAGAGACGGCUGGCAGCCAGCAUUAACAUUCUUCCCAGGACUUCAACGAUGUAUUUGUGGAAAGGCGAAAUCGAGGACACAAGUGAAAUUUUGAUGCUGGUGAAAACAAAGAGCUCCAAGAUCCAGCAAGUCACAGAUUAUGUGAGGUCGAUACACCCCUAUGCAAACCCGGAGGUGCUGAGUUUCCCGGUGGAGGACGGCAGCCUCGCCUACAUGAAGUGGAUGGAUGAAGCCAUUCCAGAUGACUGAUAUUUUAUUACAAUCAAGGCCAAUUCCGGCGCGGACUGCGGCAAAAAUGGAACCGAUCGCGGCGGGGGAGGGCUUUUUGUUCAAUAGGCUGAACGCUUCAGCAAGCAACUCUGCUGAAUUAAAUUUUUGAUACAUGACAUUUACGCCGUUUUGUUGUUGUGGCCUUUUCACCGGAUAUUUUGACGACCGGUGGAAACCUGAUCCCAGUCAAUUAAUGCAACUCUGCUGCAGAAAACAGCGUGUUUUUAAAUGUUCUGAGUGUGACAGGUGGAGGUUCCAGCAGACCGCUCAGCCUUAAUUGAAUGGCCCAUGUUUGAUGAGCUGCUGGUAAACAGCUUUAGUUCACACUGUUCAAACUGGCUGGUUGAGUGAAAACUAACUUUUUUAAUAUUAAUCGGCCAUUGAACACAGGAGCUCUGGUGUGAGCGCGAUAAGAUGUUCCAAAGUACGUUGAUUAAAAA